CGAGAAAUCACCGUUGGUAUCACACGGUUUUACUCCGGGUCAACGCCGCUACACGGGCCGCUAUACGAUCAGGUGUUCCCAGUUGGCUGAAGAGGAAUCGUGGAAGAUGAUUUCCUCCUCGGGCCGUUCUUCUUCGUCUGUUUCUUCGCUUGUCACCUGUGCCUCGUUCAUCACCGUCUUCCAGAUUGUUUACCCUGGAGGAAGACAGUUCUCUCACAGAUCAUGGGAACACCUCAUCUGUGUGUGACCAAGGGAAAAAAGAGGGUUAGAGUUAGCCACUGAGAAAUAUCCCAGAAUAUACAGAAUUUAUUGUUUGUGAAAUUAUGUCUCGUAUACCCUCAUGGUGCUUAGGGAUACACAGUACACUCACAACACCUUUGGUCACUCGUAUUUCGGAGACCAAAUAUCCUGAUAGACUUCAUAGUGUACAGCAGGACCCAAGAACACAAGGUCACCAGGAACUAACAUCAUUUGUUUUCUGGUAGUAAGAAUAUGGAAGUGGGAUCAUGUUUACAAAGGCUGGUCAAAAAAAAAAAAUAUGACUCAAUGACGAUGGGAUUUUGUAGUGUUGAACCAAUACUAAGACAGAGACAUAUAUUUAUUGGCUCUAUUCUCGAGGGGUAGACUCUGUGAGGUUUAUAGAGACAUGUCGGGACUGAACUUUACGUCGAGUAGUGUAGAUACAGAUAGUAAUGAGUGGGAUCUAGACAAUAUUUUUAUGGUUAUCAUUUUAAGCGUCAUCAUCAUCUUCACCAUCGUCGGCAACGUCCUCGUCAUCCUGUCUGUGUUCACUUAUCGGCCGCUGAGGAUCGUGCAGAACUUCUUCAUCGUCUCCUUGGCUGUGGCCGACUUGACGGUGGCGGUGUUCGUGCUGCCCUUCAAUGUCGCCUACAGCAUCAUCGGCAAGUGGAUAUUCGGGAUCCACCUGUGCGAGAUGUGGCUUACCUGUGACAUCAUGUGUUGCACAGCGUCCAUCCUCAACCUGUGUGCCAUUGCCCUCGACCGGUACUGGGCCAUCACCGACCCCAUCAUCUACGCCCAGAAGCGCACCCUGAAGCGUGUGCUGAUCAUGAUCGGUUUGGUGUGGGGCCUCAGCUUCGCCAUCAGUCUUCCACCUCUCUUGGGUUGGAAUGACUGGCCGGACACAUUUGUGGAAGAGACGCCAUGUGCUCUCAGUGAAGAGAAAGGCUUCAUACUCUACUCUUCUCUUGGAUCAUUCUUCUGUCCGCUGGUCUUUAUGUCAAUCAUGUACAUUAAGAUUUACAAAGCCAACCUGCAAAGACUUCGUAAACAGAGCAACUCUUGCAACGGUAAGACGGUGGCUGAUACUCCAGAAUGCGACACAGUUUCUUUAUGGAAAACCCUCAAAACGAAGCUCACGGGAUCAAGAGACAGAAGUCUACCUUUCUCCUCUACUGGUACUCCACGUCAGGUAGAAACAUCCUUCACCGACCAUAAACCCACAAACCAAAACAGUCAACAGGACAACCCUCAGGAAAACUCUGUGAGUGGCCCGAGGCAUGACUCCACCAACACCUUCAAGAAGUUCCUCGAGGACAAACACAGAAUAUCUCUAACGAAGGAGCGUCGCCUGGCACGUACUCUCGCCGCUAUCAUGGGUUGUUUUGUUGUGUGUUGGCUGCCCUUCUUCCUGACAUAUGUCAUUAUGCCCUUCUGCCCGUCCUGCACCAAGCUCAAUGAGAGGCACAAGAACAUCGUCACCUGGCUGGGUUACUGCAACUCAACCAUCAACCCCGUCAUCUACACGAUCUUCAACAAGGAUUUCAAGAGGUCUUUCAUCAGCAUACUUAAGUGUAGGAUUACGUGUUGGAGGACCAAAGUGUAGACUCUCUCUCUCUCUCUCUCUCUCUCUCUCUCUCUCUCUCUCUCUC